AUGGGCGGCGAAGGCACCGGGUGCGGGCGAGGCGAGCGGCGCGGUGGCGCGGCGAGGUCGAGAGCGGGGGGACGCGGAGGUGACCGAGGCACGGCGUCGAGCCCGAUGCAGAUGCGGAUGAGGCGAGCAACAGCGGCGUGGGCGCGGGGCUGGCUGUCGGGCACCGAACGGAGGCGAACGGCGGCGGUGCUACUCGGAGACCGGUGGUGCAGGCUCACGGAGAUGACGACCGACGCAAGCUCGAGUGCUGCGGGGGCGUCGCGAAGGACUUGGGCACGGCUGCUGGUGUCGCGGGGCGCGUGCAACCGUGGAGGUGGGCUGAGCGAUGGCGAGAGGACGCGCAGCGGUGUUGCUGCGGGUUGCGCCGGACGGAAGCGCAGCGGCACAGGACCAGAGAGCUUGCUCGUAGGUCUCCGAGGGCAGCUGGUCACUGCCAGUCGGAGCUCCGGCGAGGGCAAACUGGCGGCGGGUUGGAGAGUUGCAGGCACGGCGCCGGCGAAAAGCUCGGGCAGAGGAUGGCAGGGUGCUUCACGGAUCGAUGUGGUGGCGCGGUGCUCGCUGGGCGUCGAAGCAGAGGGCUGUCCGUCGGGGCUUCUGGCAAAGGGCGGCAACCGGUGUGGCAGCAGAGCGGCGGUGCGAGCUCCAAUGGCGUUGUUUGGUUGCUGGGUCGAAAGGGAGCUUGAGUGCGUGCAGGGGCGACGGCGGAGGCGAAUCGGCGAUGGCUUUGUCAAUAGGGGUGUUACAAGGGUGUUGGGUCGGAAGGAGCAGCGAUCCAGCUCGGGUCCGGCUCUGGCAGCGACAGAGGCGCGGCGAGGGGCGCUGGCAUUCGGGCGUCCGGAUCUGGCGUGGUAG